UUAUCUUCUUCAGAACUACCCCAACUAUUUACCUUACUUUUCUGAAUCUAAUGUAUGCCGAAAAGAAUAAAGUGUCCCUAUAAAAUAUUAAAGACGAGUCUCUGGAAAGUAAAUCCGGCCAACUAAAGAAAUCACUGCCAAAAUCUCCAACAAUGGCGAACGUGACCGUCCUCUGCUCUCCUAAACCCAUUUUCAAGCAAACUCGUACUAUUGCAACUCUUAGUCACCCCGAAAUUCCUCAGAAAACCAGGCCACAGACUCGAAAGUUGUCAAUUUCGGGCUUAGUUUUGAAUCCGAAACCAACGAUUGGCAUAGUCGGGUCAGCUCUGGCCUUGGCUUUUGCAGGUUCCGCUUCGGCCUACGAGUUGCCGCCGUUGUUGCUUGGCACUUCUUUGCAGCUCAGUGAACCCGCCAAUGCCUUGUCUUUGCCCACUUGGGCCAUACACGUCUCCAGUGUUGUUGAAUGGAUAACAGCAAUGGCUUUGGUGUGGGAAUACGGAGAUAAAUCUGGUUUUGAAUCAUGGAAGGGUCUCUCUUGGGGUAUGGUGAGGUUUUCCUCUUAAUCUUGUAAGUUCUGAUACUUUCUUAGUCUAUCAUUGUCUAGAUAAAGAUAAGUCUUUUAAAUUUUAGUUGAUGCAUGAAUUGUCAUGGAACCAGUUUUCUUUCUUUCUUUUCUUUUGGGUGUCAUCUUGAAGGGAAAAACUCAUUUUUAGACUGGAAUUGAUCACUCAACCUGGAUGUGUAAAGUACCAAGUUCUUGCUGAUAAAAAUCUAUCCCCUGCAUUCAUUAUGUUUCCAUUUUAACUCAAAAGUAAGGAUUUUGCUCGUUUGUGCACUUCUAUCUAUUGGUAGUUAAGUUUGUGCAAUGAUUUUAUUCUAUAGAUUUUU